AUGGCAGCAGCCUUCUAUUGCUAUCUGGUGCCCCACCCGUAUACAGAGCGCCUACAUAUCAACUUGGCAAGCCAUAACGUCGAUACCUCGAGUUUACAAAGUGGCUGGGAUCCUAGGUCUGUCUCAUCUCCAAACAGCAUCAGCAGUUCCUCUGCGAGUCAUUUGUGGCGUUCUACUGCCACACCCAACAUGGUUACCACAGGUUUUGUGCAAGGAGAGUCAACGCGUCAUUGGACCUUCAUGGGCUUUGAAUGGGCCGUUCGUGAUGUUCAUAAACUACGAGACUUCGUUGAAGGCAUAGAACAACCGUCUUCCUCAGCGGGGCAAUCCCAGGUUAUUGCUGAUGAUUUCGAAAUUCUUAGACAAUCCCCAGUGAUGGGUGACAGCAAAUUCAAGUUGGAAAUAGCUCCUAUCAUGCGUGAAGGAAAUUCCACGCCCUCUUCACAGUCCUUCCUGUCUCUCUACGUCACCUCAUUAAUGAUGGACUACGCUCAAGGAGAUUAUGAAACGUCGGCUUCGAUGAUGGCGGGCAUAAAAUGCCAGGACGACAGAAUUGGGGAGAGGGGCGCUCGACCAGACUGGGUGUGGGAGUUCUGGCAGAACAAUUGGGUGUUCCGACAAGAAAGCGAAGUUUGGGAAUGUCCACUUCCUUCCCUCUCCAGUUUGUUGGAAAAUCAAAGAAUCCGUGAGACAGACUCCUUGGUGAUCUGUGUGCAAAUUCACAGUCCUAUCGGCCCUUCAAUUCCCCAGCAACCAUCUGUAUAUUACGUUCCGCGAGAUCUUCUCGAUGGCCUUGAAGCUUCCCUGGAUAAUCCUAACACUGGUGAUGUCCGUUUCGUAUGUUUGGAGCGAUUGGCGGUUGAGGCGUCAUCAAGCCCGACGGAUGCUACAUCUCACCGCUCCGCAUCUUCUGUGUCAUCGCAAUCCUUAUUUCCCUCUCAAAUGACAGCUCGCAGACGCAUAAUUUAUGCUCAUUCUGAUAUUCUUACACGGAGAUCAGAAUAUUUUGCCUCAAUGCUUUCGUCUUCAUUUUCAGAGAAUUCUGCCCCGACAUCAGGGGAAAGGAAACUUUACACUGUUAUUGUUGAAGAAGCCGAUUACGAGACCAUAUACUGGCUUCUCAAGUUUUGCUACGCAAAUUGGCUUUUAUUCAAACAAAAUGACGAUCCUAGAGCUGCAGUUGAUGGGGUAGGUGCUGGUCGAAGUGCAAAAUGGCUCAACUCUGGCGACAACGAUUGGGAUUGGAAAACCUUUCAUAGAGGUGGCAAUGAUAUCGGCGAUACACGAAGCAUUGAAAGCGGCGAUAGUCUCUCCCCAGGUGGCGGUAUGAGUCGGUCUACAAGUGCUAAAUCAGAGGCGUAUCAGGCUGGCAGCACUCCAACAACUCCAUCCCACAUAUCUAGCUCUGGCCCACGGACCGCACCAUCCAAAUCUAUUACAAGUGCUUCUAUCAGCGUCCGGCCUGUCCAGCCACCGUCAUCCCGCCGUACUGGGCCAUCCGGAUUAUCGUCCACGGGUGGUCCCAGCAGCCCCUCCUCGAUACCUAGAUCUAAAGCUGUUCCAGUCCCACCAUCGACAAAUUUCCCGCCAUCAUCACGCUAUCCCGUUUCACCUAGCUCAACGAGGCAGUGUCACUCGAAGGUAUCGUCGACACCAGACCCUCAUCCUCAUCCAACACCAGCACCAGCACCUGCUUCUGCUCUAUCGAUGUACCAAGUAGCUCAUCGAUACGCAAUGCCAGGUCUUGCCACUCUCGCUCUGGAGCACAUAAUGUCCACGAUAACACCACAGUCAUGUUUUGCAAUGCUUCUUGCGACCACAGUAUGGGACGAGUUGCACUCCCUUGUGGAGGAUUACGUCAUUGAUAAAUGGGAUGAAGUAUCAUUAUCAGCAGAAUUUGAACAAUGCUGCGAAGAGGUCGCAGCUGGAGAAUGGGGACAAGACGGUGGAAAGAAUCUCAUGGCCGUGUUCAGGCGCCUGCGCUCACCUGCCACAACGGCGGCAUAGUCUUUGGCUGGAAAGGACCGUAUAUCCAUUGACCACGCUAUGAUUGUCUAUGGCAUCAUACGCAGACAAUCUUAUAUCCGUUGGAUAUUAAUGAAUGACACAUCAGUUGUCCAUUGUUAACAUGUCGAAUCAUCAACAUCCCAUUUCCCGUAGAUGCCCCAGACGGCCUGAUAUCCUAAAUGUCAAUUCGUAUGCCCAUCACGAACCAGCUUACUUACCUGGUCGUCACAGGACUGUGGAAAUUUUAUAUAUCGACCGUGGAUUGUUGCAGGCGCAGUCGAACAAAGUAUCAUCCAGUCUUCGCCCUUCUUAAUGCCCCAAAGACGUGAUUUGAGUCGCU